UCCUUUUCUCGACUUCCCAGCCUUUUUGGAGUCGCUUUUUUUUACCGGCGGCAUCUUGAGUGUUAAAUGGAAGCGCAAUGGCUGCUGCGCAGAGCGGAUCCGAGUUGCACGGCUAUCCCGACAUGAAGCCGGUCAACUCCGUCCCUGAAGACGACCAGAUCGGGUCGAACGGGUCCACUCCCACGGGCAUCGCAACACCUCAACCCGACCCCGCGGACAAGCGUCUGCCUUCCAUCAUGCACAACUACUUUCAGGUUGGUUCUUUCUCUGGUGAUAAAGCGAGUCUGCCGCGGUUCUGGUCAUGCCUGUCGAAAUCCUCUGUGGACCCUCCAUCGGCCGCACCCACCACCCCGGGCUCUUCCUCCGAGUCCUUCGUCAUGUUGGAGCGCGAGGAAGAGCCUGAGAAGAUGGAAGCACCGCACCCCAACUUGCCCACUCCUCCCCACUCCCUCCUCCAGACCGAAUCGGACGAGAUGGAACUCGGGACGAGUCUUGAUAAGGAGGACGGGGGUUCGAUCUUCAACACUUUGAAGAAUUAUCUCAUUCCCCAUAACGUCCCCGUCGACUCCCCUUCUCGCCGUCAAACUUCCCUGCCAGUCUCCAGCGUCUCUGACGACCCGGUCCUUGCCACCCAUUUCUCCAAUCCCACUCUCCCUCCUGCCCCGGAUGCGUUACCAUCCACCGAGGCUCCCUUAUUCGACCACGAAAGGCCGCGUGCUUCAAUCUCUUCCGAGAACCUUUCCAAGCUGACUGGAAAGGCACCCAACGCGGUGCCUCUAAAGAAUACCCCGCCACUGACUCCCCGGGCUAUGUCCAACGAGGAACCUGCCAAGAAAAAGUCCGCCUCCGUCACUUCGGCGCCCCGCGAGCCCGAGGCUGAGCCCGAGGUCGAAGCAUCUCAACCAACCCAGGAUAGCAUGGACAGUUCCACCGACGAAAUUACCAUGAAGCUCGACGAGGCCUUCCCGCGUGAAUCCUCGUCUUCCCCGCAGAACGGACCGCCUGUAGGACCACUUAAGGGAAAACUCUUUGUGAAGAUCUCCGAGGCUCGCGGUUUACGUCCCAGUAUCGAUCCGUAUGUCGUGUGCGUUUUUGAGUGGAACGAGUACAUCUCCAAGGGUGCCAAGGAUGGCGAAGAGGAACAAAUACGGCGCCAGAUGGAUGCCGAGGCCGAGGCCGGUCGGCCGAUGGCUAUCCCGAUGCGGAGUCGCCAAAGCAGUCACAACACCGCCCUGGAUGGUGAACUCAAGGGGAGCAUGCCCGUGACUGAUCCCCACUGGGACCACGAGGCUGUCUUUGAUGUUCUGGGCGAUCAGUCGGAAGUUGAUGUCACUGUCUACGAUCGCCACAACCAAGAGACUUUCCUGGGUCACGUUCGCCUCGGUAUAAACCUGAAGGAGGACCAUAGCCGACUGGAAGGAUGGUUCCCUCUGGUUGGCCGUGCAGCGGGAGACAGCCAGGUUUCGGGUGAAAUUCACCUUCAGAUGCGAUUUGAAAUGACCGAUCGCAGACAGGUCGGCCCGAACGACUUUGCGAUCCUGAAGCUUAUCGGCAAAGGAACCUUCGGUCAGGUCUAUCAGGUUAUGAAGAAGGACACCGAGCGCAUCUACGCCAUGAAGGUCUUGUCAAAGAAGGUGAUUAUCCAAAAGAAGGAGGUGGCACAUACUUUGGGCGAGCGCAAUAUCCUAGUGCGGACCGCUAUGACGGCCUCACCGUUCAUCGUCGGCCUCAAGUUCUCCUUCCAGACCCCGACCGACCUUAUUUUUGUCACGGAUUACAUGUCCGGUGGUGAAUUGUUCUGGCAUCUCCAGCGUGAAGGUCGCUUCCAGGAGGCCCGGGCCAAGUUCUACAUCGCGGAACUGAUCCUGGCACUGCAGCAUCUUCAUGAUCAUGACAUUGUGUAUCGGGAUCUCAAGCCGGAGAACAUCCUGUUGGAUGCCAACGGUCAUAUUGCGCUCUGUGAUUUCGGCCUCUCCAAGGCGAACCUGACACAAAACGACACCACCAACACCUUCUGCGGCACCACCGAGUAUCUCGCCCCGGAGGUCCUGCUUGACGAGCAAGGUUACACGAAGAUGGUCGAUUUCUGGUCUUUGGGUGUUUUGGUCUUCGAGAUGUGCUGUGGUUGGAGCCCGUUCUACGCCGAAGAUACCCAGCAGAUGUACAAAAACAUCGCUUUCGGCAAGGUCCGAUUCCCCCGUGAUGCUCUCAGCACCGAGGGCCGCAACUUCGUGAAGGGUCUGCUCAACCGGAAUCCCAAGCACCGGCUGGGAGCCAACGGUGAUGCCAAGGAGCUGAUGGCGCACCCGUUCUUCCACGACGUCGACUGGGAUGCUCUGUGCCGCAAGGAGGUUAUUCCCCCCUUCAAGCCGAAACUGCAGUCGGAUACAGACACUUCUAAUUUCGACCCUGAGUUCACCAAUGCACUGGAGAACAACAACUCACUGAACGACCGCGCAGCGGCUCUGGCCAACGGCCUGAUGCCUGCUGGUGCCACCCCUCUGUCCCCCGGUAUGCAGGCCAACUUUAAGGGGUUCACCUUCGUAAACGAGAGUUCCAUCGACCACCACGUGAAGGAUCCCGGUGAUGAAAUGGACGAAGACCCGAUCCACGAUGAAACCUGGCAGCGCUCCCACCGUUCGCAGAACUCGACCGAUCAGCGCAUGGGCGGAUUCCAGAAGGGAGAGGGUGCGGAUUCCGGGAUUUUCAACGUUGACGAUAAUUUUGACAUGUGA